AUGGCUUCUGUCAGGUGCUUCAGAGCCUCGGAGGUGUUGUCGACAUGUUCGCCCCGUCCGGCGCAAUGCGCAAGCAGCAAGAUCGCUUCGGCCCCACUAACACAACGUCGAUACAAGUCAGGCCCUUAUGGAUAUACACAAGCCAAGUCUUUGGUGUUUAGCAAAUUUGGCGAACCCAAUGACGUACUCAGGUUACACACACAUUCGAUAAGCCCAUCGCUCCCAUCCUCGUCUCUACUGCUGCGCGCCCUCGCCGCCCCCAUUAACCCGGCAGAUGUGAACACGAUUCAGGGUACGUACGGCGUGAAGCCGUCAUUCUCACCGUUGAUCGGCACGUCGGAGCCGUCAGUGAUCCCCGGCAAUGAGGGCGUAUUCGAGGUAGUAUCGGGCGCAGCGUCGAGCGAGCACGGCGACAUCAAAAAGGGCGACUGGGUGAUCCCAGCCAAGACGGGCUUUGGCACCUGGCGCACGCACGCCGUGGCCGAGGCCGGCAGCGUGCUCAAGGUGGAGAGGGACGGACUCACGCCCACCCAGGCCGGCACCGUUGCCGUUAACCCGUGCUCGGCCUAUCGCAUGCUGCGCGACUACGCCGACCCGGCCCUGCGCGAGGGCGACUGGUUUAUCCAGAACGGCGCCAACUCGGGCGUCGGCCGCGCCGCCAUCCAGCUCGGUCGCCUCUGGGGCUACCGCAGCAUCAACGUGGUGCGCGCGCGCGAGACCCCCGAGGCCACCGAGGCUCUGCGCCGCGAGCUGCAGGAUCUGGGCGCUGACCACGUCCUGACCGAGGAAGAGUUCCAGAGCCGCGAGUUCCGCGACAAGGUGGCCGAGUGGACGCGGGGCGGGCGCGAGGGCAUCCGCCUGGGCCUCAACUGCGUCGGCGGCAAGUCGGCCCAGGCCAUGGCCAAGAGCCUCGGUGCCAGCGCCAACCUCGUCACCUACGGCGGCAUGUCGCGCCAGCCCGUCGCCCUGCCCACGGGUCUGCUCAUUUUCAAGGAUAUCCGCUUCGUGGGCUUCUGGCUUAGCCGCUGGGCUGACCGCAACACGGCUGACAAGUCCAGGACCGUCAAUGAGAUUCUUGGCCUUGUUCGCGAGGGUAAGUUCCGUGAUACGCCCGUCGUCGACGUCCCAUGGUCCUGGGAUACGGAGGAGGCGUCGUUGAGGGAGGCCGUUCAGGGUACGCUGGAGGGCUUCAGGCAAGGAAAGGGCGUUUUCGUCUUUGGGGAGACUUGA